AUGAGUUGGAACGGAACUUCAUCUGGUGUGACUGAGGAACAAUUCGGCCAUCUAGAGAAUCCACUAUCUAAACGAGGGAGACGUGAUGAUUCUCCGGACGAAGACAAUGAUACGGAUCGUACAACUCGCAGGGGAAAACGUGUUGACACAUCCAAAACAACAGGAUCAGCUGCUCGUAAGAAAGCUCCAACGUCGGUUCCAGCUUCAAAUGGGAGGAAGACUAUCAAUGGUGCAGGUGGUGGUCUUUCACGGAGAGGAAAAGCUGUUUUUGAAGAUGAUGAAAGUGGAACGAAUUCACCAAUGAGUAGUUCGGGAUCUGAGUCUGAUGACUUGGAUGUCUCGUUUCAUAUCGGAAAGAAACCUCAAAAAGGCAAGGUGUUUCCUGGUAACUACGGUCAGCGCAGUCCACCGAAAGCUGCAGCAGUAACAGCUUCUCCGUUACCAUCAGCAACCCGGGACUCGGUCUUCUCAAGUGGUCCACAUUGUGAUAGUCCGACUACCUCUGUUGGUACAGCUGCAACGGUACCAAUGCGUUUAGGCGAUACUGCCACUCGAUGUAGUCCUGGUGGUGGACGAACACUUCAAGAUGUUGAGGCUGAUGAGGAGGUGGCUGCAAUUGUAGCGACACCUCCACCAACCGACCGACCUCGGCUGGAGGUGCUCUCUACUCCCCCUGUAGUUCGAUCUGGUGCAGGGUCACGGACAGGUCGAGCGGAACGGCAUCAUCCGAAGGAGGGUAAAUCCACAACAGCAAGCAGUGCAGAUUCGAGCGAGCAUAGUGAUGUGGAUCAUAGCCAUGCACCAACCGAAUCUUCUCGAAGUGCCUCAAGCUGUUCGAGUCGCGGUCCUGUAGGAGUGGAUUCUCCUCGUCCGUUAGGAGAUCGAAUUCCGGUUCACGAAGAAGCUGUAAAUAUGGGUGGGGUGCCGGAUGAUGACGACGGUUACUCGAGGUGUGCUCCGUCGGAAGAGAGUGAUCAUCCUCCUCAACUGCAAGCAGAAGCAGCCAUCAAUGCCAGCUCAGGUGGUGGCGCUUCUAGUGAUGAGGCCCCACCCCGCCUACAUCAUGGAGUUCC